AUGUCGCUGGAUCCCAAGUACGACAACCUCUGGGAAGACGUUGAAGGAGAUUCCGGCUCCAUCAUAUUCAACCUCACGGAUCCCGCCCAAGGCAAUACGGGUAUGAGCGCCACCAUCGCCAUGUUUCAUCAACUUCACUGCCUCUCAAUAUUUCGAAGCGUCCUGCAGGAAGCCCAUCGGGGAAUCGACCCGGGACUAGACUGGAACGACCACGAUCACUGGCCGCAUUGCCUCGACUAUCUGCGCAAGGGCAUCCUUUGCGCAGCGGAUGGUACGAUAGAGCAGCAGCCACUGCUGCCCAACGGUACACUCGCGCCUUUCAUCGAUGGUUCUCAGGAUGUUCGGCAUUGUGGCGAUAACAGGCGCCUGAUAGAGCAAUUGAAGACGUACGGCAAGACUAUUACUACUAAGCCGUUCCCGUAG